GGUGCCUGACAGGGACGGGGAGGGGGAGGAGUCUUGCUUUUGCUAAGAUUCAGGCUUGUUUCGCGAGCGCACUGCUACCUUCCCCGAUUUAGUCCAGAUCUGACUGGGGGCGGGAACCAGGCGGCCCUCAGCGACCCGGCGCCGAGCUCGGCUCGGGAGUCCUCGCGGCUGGAGGUGGAAAUGGUCUACUUUGCCUGCCCCAUGGCGCAGACGCCAGCCCCAGGAGCCCCGGGUGCCCUCGGUCUCAGGAGGGCUGGGUAGUAGUUGGGGGCGGGGCGAAGCGGAGAGAGGCGACGGGGCGUGGUCUCAGGCCACACCCAGGCCUGACCCAGGCACCCGGAUGAACUUCCAGCCCAGCCUUGCCAAGGAGGACCCACCCCCCCAGCCCCGAAUCUACCGACGCUGACCAUGGCCAUGACCCUCGGUUACUGGGACAUCCGCGGGCUGGCUCAUGCCAUCCGCCUGCUCCUGGAGUACACAGACUCAAACUAUGAGGAGAAGACUUACACGAUGGGAGACGCUCCUGACUAUGACAGAAGCCAGUGGCUGAGUGAAAAGUUCAAGCUGGGCCUGGACUUCCCCAAUCUACCGUAUCUAAUUGAUGGGGCUCACAGGCUCACCCAGAGCAACGCCAUCCUUCGCUACAUUGCUCGCAGGCACAACAUGUGUGGGGAGACAGAGGAGGAGAAGAUUCGUGUGGACGUUUUGGAGAACCAGGCUAUGGACACCUCUAAUGACUUGGCCAGAGUCUGCUACAGCUCUGACUUUGAGAAACUGAAGCCUGUGUACUUGAAGGAGAUCCCUGAAAAGAUGAAGCUCUUCUCAGAGUUUCUGGGAAAGAGGACUUGGUUUGCAGGAGACAAGCUCAACUUUGUGGAUUUCUUGGCUUAUGACGUCCUUGACCUGCACCGCAUAUUUGAGCCCAAGUGCCUGGAUGAAUUCCCAAACCUGAAAGACUUCAUGAGCCGCUUUGAGGGCCUGAAGAAGAUUUCUGCCUACAUGAAGUCCAGCCGCUUCCUCCCAGGCCCUUUGUACACGAAGAGUGCCGUGUGGGGCAACAAGUAGUGCCCCGGAAGGCAGGAGCCGGAGUGCGGAGCCAGCGCUGUGCUUGUGGUGCCAGGGCCCUGGAGAACAGCUGGACCUCCCUGCACCCCCACCACCAGGUGUCUCGUGUCUCCUUUCUUUCCACUUGUCCCCACUCAGGCUUUAUUUAGCCCCUAUGCCUUUCCCACUUCCCAUUCAUUCAGGAUCUUUAUAGCUCUACGGCACUCCACACUCCUUCCAUGAAGUCACCUCCUGACGUUUCUUUUCUGCUUGAAAGCCAGCCAGACUGUCCUUCCUUUCUAUGGCUGUGUCUGACCAGACCCCUGGCCUGUAGAGCUCAGGCCUGAGCUCCCAGCACUGCCGUGAAGACCAGUAUUGGCCUGGUGUGCAGCGUGGUCCCUGCCCAGCCCUGUCUCAUCACCAAUAAAGCCUUGAUCACA